AUGGCUGAUGACAUAAUGUGCGAGUUUGAGAGGCACAAAACUGCACAAGCUAUGUGGAUAGCGUUGAAGGACAAGUUUGGUGGUACUUCUACCAUGUCUUUUGAUAAGAAGACUCUAAUAGAUCUUGUUGAUGAUGAGGAACUUGCAAAUCUUUUUCAAUAUAAUGAGAGGAGUAGCCAUGUCUAUAUAGCAUGUAAAAGGAAUGGCAAUGUAGAAGAAGCAAGUGGUGAUCCACAAAUCAUGCAUACAAGCGUGAGGCAGCCAGAACAAAGCUCUUUUUCUCCAAGAAAUUUCAAUUAUGAACCUGAACUUGCAUCUCAUCAAAAUGGUGUUACUUAUGAAAGCUGUGGGGGACCUAGCAGCACACCAUGUGGAGUACAAAGUGCACUCACACCUUUUCCUGAGUUGAACUCAUUGAAAUGGAAAGAGAUAUUUUCAGGAUUAUCACAAAUCUUUCCAAACACUGAUGCUUUCAAACGGCUGCUACACAAAUAUAGUAUUGCUAACAAGUUUCAAUACAAGUUUGUGAGGAAUAGCAAAGAAAGAAUGUCUGUGAAAUGUAAAAUUGAAGGAUGUCCUUGGAAGAUAACUGCAAAUGCAGUAGGGAAGAAUACCCCUUUCCUUCGUGUGAUGCGAUUCAAUAAUGAGCAUGUUCACCAUGCACAAGAUUGUCUUCAAGUAAACCAUGGGGGAAGAGCUGCUCUAACAUCAUCUAUUAUUAUUGAAGAUGUAAGAUCACACAUAGAUAAGCGCCCUAGUGAAAUUAUGAAGACAUUACAGAGAGAAUAUAGAGUAAAUUUGACAUAUAAACAAGCAUAUGCUGCUAAAUUAAAAGCAAUGGAGGAUAUUCAAGGCAGACCAGAUCAAUCUCAUAUGCUUAUACCAUGGAUAUGUCAACGACUGAAGGAAAGUGAUUCGACAACAGUUGCUGAAUGGGAAGCUUCAAACAAUUACAUAUUUGAGCGUGUUUUUAUAACAUAUGGUUGUUGUAUUGAGGGGUUCUUGGUUGGGGCAAGACAUAUAUUAUAUAUGGAUGGUACUCAUUUAAGUGGCUCAUAUAAGGGCACCUUGUUGUCAACCUCCACAUAUGAUGUAGACAAUGAGUUACUACUAUUUGCAAUUGCUAUUGUGAAUGGGGAGACAUUAGAGGAUUGGACAUGGUUUUUAUCCAAGAUUAGACAGAUAACAGGGUCAAUUAAGCUGACUAUAGUUUCAGACCGUCAUAAUGCCAUAAUAAGAGCUGUACAAGUAAUAUUUGGUAGUGAUAGACAUGCAUUUUGCUAUCGCCAUGUGAAGGAAAACCUUAGUUCAGAAUGGAUGAAAAUAAAUAGAGGAAGGGGAAGGACAAGUGCUAAGAGUAAGGUUUAUGCACUAAAGUUGCUUGAUGAUAUUGCUUAUACAAGACUUGAAACUGAGUUUGAUAAGACAAUAGGACAUAUGAGGGAUAUGUUUCAAGAGUUAUUUGAAUGGCUUGUGAAUCAUGGUGAUAUUGAUAGGUGGGCUUUAAGUCAAUUUCCAUUUAAACGAUAG